AUGAUUGAAAGCGUCCAGGCCCGACAGCGGGGCGCUUAUAAUUUUUCUGACCACUAUGACAACCUUUGUGCUCUCCAAGAUAGUGUGCCACUUCCAUCUGUAAAAGCCCACUUGGCUCAAGGGGUCAUUGACCUCAAUGGAGAUCGCAUUCGGUAAAUGCAAUAUUUAAGUUUAAAAAAAUUACUUCUGGCAAAUGUUUAAUAAAUUUGACUCUUAAAAGUAUACAUCACACUGUAUUAAAAAUCUAAAUAAAAUCAUACUUUCUUUCUUAGCCUUACUGACUGGCAACCCAUAAUAAAUAGCAUAAAGAUCAACAAAAGUCUACAGUUUAUUGCUGUGAGGAGCUAUUAUCAAAUCCCACCAGAAGAAGAUGGUGAAUAAUUUUAUUUUUAAAUUAAUUUUAAAUUUAGUCACUGUGUUAACCCUAUAACUGUCAAUUGCAUUUUUAUGCAAUAAUAAUAAUAAGCCAUUUUUAGCAUCUUCAUAUGCUUGUCAAAAAUGGCAAAAAACCUAGACUAAAUGAAUUUAGAGACCCUUACAAGGACAUUUUCUGAAAGUACAUUGGUAUCUUAUAUUAUUAAAAGAUUUAGUUUUUAUAUUAUAAUUAUGUAUGUGGAUUUUGACAUCUCCUGAGUGAGGAAAAUUUUACUACUCAACUCUUCUGAAUUCAACCCAACCUAAUGCUCCAUAAAUUAUUCAAACUAUAAUAUAGGUACUCUAAUACCAGACGAUGCCUGCAAAAAAACCUGCCGGUUUUGGGUGGUAGUAUUCUUUGAACAGCCACGAAGGGCGGGUUUCCGUAUAUGUCAGGCUUUGUCGUUCCUAUGCGUCAUUUUCUAGAAAUAAAUAAGUUUCGGUAUUAAACUUUAUUCGCUGAAGAAUUCCAGUCACGAUGGUAUAAAUGCUGUGUCAUUCCGACCUGUCUCAGACGAACAGUUGGAGCGCAAACUGUGGGUAAGUUGAAACUCGUCUCUAUUUUUUUGUUUGGGGAAAAUAAAUCUUUAUUGAGGGCUAGCUUAAUCACAUUUACUUUAAAAGCAUUUAUUGUUUAUAUUACUGGCAUUUUCUAGAAUUUAUAAUACCGAGCGAACAAAAAAAACAACACAUGUUAUGAAAAAGCAGCGGCCAUCUUUUUUUUACAUAAUUUUAUUGACCGGAGGGAGGUAAAAUUAUUUGGAAAUAAAUGUUUUAAAUAUAACACUUUUAAAUCAUUGAAAAAUCUUAUUAAACAAAAGUUUUUGAUUCUAAUAUGACUAAACAAUAUAAAUGUAUACAAAAAAAUAAUAAUUUGUUUUAAAUUAAUUGUUUGUACCAUUAUUCUUUAUAAAAUAAGAAAUUGAUAAAUUUGCAAAAAGGAAUUCCUCUUCUUGAACAUAACAAUAACAAUGUAUUCAUUAGCUAUUGUUAUUAGCUAUUGUUAUUAGAUAAACUGCUAGUACUAGUUAUAAGAGUGUAUUGAUAGACCUAUAAUCACACUAGAAUUAAGUUAAUGAAUAAAAUAAAUUUUAAUACUAGGUUCAUUUCAUUUAUUUGCGUGAUUUAAUAGCAAACUUUCUUCUUUUUUUUUUCCAGUCUACCCUGGUGCCUAGUUGUUAUCCAUCCCUGUUUAUCUUCCACUGCUCUUUAUUAACCUAUUUGAAGACUUAAACUCUUUGAAGACAGUGAAAAUGGCUGAAGUUAAUAUUAAAAAAACACUAAAUGACUUUGACAAUUUUGUGUCAAGGUUCGCUGAGGAUGCAGUAAUUAAGUGCUACAGAAAUGGCUAUAUUGUCCAUGUUUUUUUCAGCAAUGGAAAGAACUUUGGGUAUGCUACAGAGACACUGGUUAAAUGUUUCCAAGAAUCAGACAGAAAUUAUGUGCCAAAUAAAAGCGCUGCAAGGACCAGUAUACGUGAUCUAGUUGAUAAAAUUAAUGAAGGGCUUAAUGAAAAAUGUUGAUGACAGCUGUCGUGUUAUAGAAGAUUUGCUACUGCGGCCUGUUCAUGUACCUAUAACUAAGACCAAAAAAAGACCAUUGAUACCCGAUACCACUCCAAGUGGCGACAACAUUGAAGAGACCAUAUUAAAUUCACCACCUGUCAAAAAAUUUAGAACCGACUGUGAGAAAUGCUCUUCUCUCAGAGAAGCAAGCCAUUCCAAGUGCAAAAGUUUAGCGGACAGGCUGAGAGAAACAAAUACAAAGAUUAAAGCUCUUUCUAAGCGUUUUGAUCAGAGAGUGUUAAAUCAAUCCUUUAAACGAAAAACCGAAGUUAUUAAUAAAUUAAGACUAAAGAAUAAAAUACUGAAGAAAGAAAAAAGUCUCAGAUACAAGUGGAUAGACAGCAUAGCAAAUGUACUGAAUGUUUGGGCAAAGAUAUCAAAAGAAGAUUUUAGAUCGUCACGUCUCUUUGCUUAGAAAGGAAAAUGUAGCUUUAAAAAAAUAAUUAAAAUUGAACAAUGAAGAGUGAAAAGAUUUAUUACUUAGAAUCGAUAGUUUGAUAGAGACAGAAAGCAAGGAAGCCAUUCCGACUACAAGUGCACUGACCCAUUCACCGACUGCAAAGAAACUACAAAGAAAGACCUACACUGCACCAAUGAGAAAAUGUAUCUAUAACUGCUUGAUAAACCAAGUUCCUAUUGAAAGAGCAGGGGUGUUGAUAGCAUUUACAGUGAAGGAGUUAACAGGGCUGGACUUGACGGACAUUCCAGGAUCUUCAACCAUUGCAAACAUGGCUUUAGAGAUUGGAAUCUUGUCGGAUAUUCAGGUAGCUGAUAUCAUGUUCUUUUCAGAAAACCACACCUUCUCCUGGGACUCUACGCCAAUUGAUGGGCAGCAUUGUAAUGCUUGCCAUAUCUCUACAGGUGAACAGAACCUGACCAUUGAAGUGGCUGGAGUUCCCGGAGGUAAGACAGAGGACUACCUGAACCAACUUGUUAACUCCCUUCAGGAUAUAGCCACCCUGUAUUCUUCAUACAACAAGGAGGAUCACCAUGUUGUGUUACAUCGUAUCUUGCAGUCCUUUAGUGGCACUCUUAGGGACAGGGCGAAGGUCAAUCAAUGUGUUUCGAUGCAGUUGGGUGAUUUGUUGAAAUGAUUCCAAUAAAGAAAGUCUGUGUUGAUUUUUUUCAAUCUCCAGCAUGAGACUUUAUCACGUUAACAAAAAUAAGCUGAUUUCACACCUGAUUAAGUCAAACAAAAAUUCUUGAUAAAAGCAUGUUAUCAAUUAGAUAGAACCCUAUAUAGGAAGCAAACUGAUUUAAAUGGAGGGAUUUCCCCUUAAAUCAUAUAAAUAAAACCAUUUGCAUUUUUAAUGCCAAUUUUACUAGCAGCCGAUUAUAUUGAUUGUGACACAAUUGAAAUGUGUUUAAUGGCCAAAGGUUGACAUAUAUGAUAGUUAUAGGUUUAAAUAAAAGUUUUUGAUUAAUUCAACAAGCUAAAAUUAAGUUGAACAUUUUUUCACAUAUUUUUAAUUCAUUUUUUGUCAGUUUGUAAUUAAAAAUUACUGACUCAAAGAAAUUAUAUUGAAAAAAAUAUUCUCUUUCACCACUGUAUAUAUGUUUUCAAUAUUAACAAAAUAUGUAUAGCUCAACGUAACAGUAAUAUGUCUCUUUAGUAUCUGUGGCUACGGAAAAUAAACAAUGAGGCCAAUCCUGUAAUUGAAAUAAUCUAAAUAAGCAAACUUACUACCAGUUGUAAUUUUUUCUUAAAAAGAAAAAGAAAAUGUUUAUUGAUGUAUUUUGAAUUCACCAACACUGUUAAAGUAACUCAAUGUUUAUAGAUGUAGUUUGAACUCACCAACACUGUUAAAUUAACUCAAUGUUUAUAUAUGUAUUUUGAAUUCACCAACACUGUUAAAGUAACUCAAUGUUUAUAGAUGUAGUUUGAACUCACCAACACUGUUAAAUUAACUCAAUGUUUAUAGAUGUAGUUUGAACUCACCAACACUGUUAAAUUAACUCAAUGUUUAUAGAUGUAGUUUGAACUCACCAACACUGUUAAAUUAACUCAAUGUUUAUAGAUGUAUUUUGAACUCACCAACACUGUUAAAUUAACUCAAUGUUUAUAGAUGUAGUUUGAACUCACCAACACUGUUAAAUUAACUCAAUGUUUAUAGAUGUAGUUUGAACUCACCAACACUGUUAAAUUAACUCAAUGUUUAUAGAUGUAUUUUGAACUCACCAACACUGUUAAAUUAACUCAAUGUUUAUAGAUGUAGUUUGAACUCACCAACACUUUUAAAUUAACUCAAUGUUUAUAUAUCUAGUUUGAACUCACCAACACUGUUAAAUUAACUCAAUGUUUAUAGAUGUAGUUUGAACUCACCAACACUGUUAAAUUAACUCAAUGUUUAUAGAUAUAUUUUGAACUCACCAACACUGUUAAAUUCACUCUUAUGCCACAGCGAAGCGGGCAGCUAUCCUGAAAAGAAAGAUGCCUUCAAUAAGAUCAAAAGAGAUAACCCACCGCCUUAUGAAGGCCUUGAAAG